GCAGCAGGGUGGGGGCGGCGGCCAGCGCCCGGGCCGAACGGGAUUGGGCCUCCCACCGGUCGGGCCAUCUGCGGCUCAGGGUAGGGUUCCCGUGGCGAGGGCGGGCGCGAUGCCCCCGGGAACCCCUGACCCAACUGGGGCAGAGGGCACCGAGCUGGGGCUGGAUUCCGGCAUCCGGGAGACGGGCGAGACCUGGCUGUGGAGACACUGCAGGCGGGAUUGCUAGACAAGAAAAACGGCGGGGGCGUGUGCACGGUCCCAGCGAGCCCUCCCUAUCACCCACUCCCCUGCCCAAGAGGCCAUCGCCCCCUUCCUGGGUAUCUUUUCGCUGCUUUUUUCUAGCAGGAUCCGGAGGGCGAGUUUUGCAGCUGCUAGGGCCAACUCCCCCCUGGAGCCCUCCGAAGCAGUUGCCCCACCCCCUUCCGUGCGUGGGAGUCGGGGGGUGAGGAUUGGGGGGGGGGCGGAGCAGGCUUUCCUUAGGGAACCUGCAGACCUAUCCCAUUGCACGCCCCAGCCGCCGGUUUGCUAUAAACGCGCCAACCCGAGGUGUUCAUUGGGGAAAGAGACUCCUCCUCCCCAGACCCCAUUGCGCUGCACACACGGUCCUCAUGCUUGGCUUUUUCCGGGUUCCCACCCGCGCCAGGUGACGCGCAGAAUUGAAACCAUGGUUCAUCAGGUGCUCUACCGGGCGUUGGUCUCCACCAAGUGGCUGGCGGAGUCUGUCCGAGCUGGCAAGCUAGGGCCUGGCCUGCGGGUACUGGACGCCUCCUGGUACUCACCGGGCACCCGGGAGGCCCGCAAGGAGUAUCUAGAGCGCCAUGUGCCGGGCGCCUCCUUCUUUGAUAUAGAGGAGUGCAAGGAUAAGUCGUCACCCUACGAGAUGAUGUUGCCCAGCGAGGCGGGCUUCGCAGACUACGUGGGCCGCCUGGGCAUCAGCAACGACACGCACGUGGUGGUGUAUGAUGGGGACCACCUGGGCAGCUUCUACGCACCGAGAGUCUGGUGGAUGUUCCGUGUGUUUGGCCACCGCACAGUGUCCGUGCUCAAUGGCGGCUUCCGGAACUGGCUGAACGAGGGCCACCCAGUGACAUCUGAGCCCUCGCGCCCCGAGCCGGCAGUCUUCAAAGCCACACUUGACCGCUCCCUGCUCAAAACCUACGAACAGGUGCUGGAGAACCUUCAAUCUAAGAGAUUCCAGCUCGUGGAUUCAAGGUCCCAAGGGCGGUACCUGGGCACCGAGCCCGAGCCAGAUGCCGUAGGGCUGGAUCCAGGCCACAUCCGAGGCUCGGUCAACAUGCCGUUCAUGGACUUCCUGACGGAGGACGGCUUCGAGAAGGGCCCAGAGAUGCUCCGUGCCAUGUUCGAGGCCAAGAAGGUAGACCUCGCAAAGCCCCUCAUUGCCACAUGCCGGAAGGGUGUCACCGCCUGCCACAUUGCCUUGGCCGCCUACCUCUGCGGCAAGCCCGAUGUGGCCGUCUAUGAUGGCUCCUGGUCUGAGUGGUUCCGCCGGGCCCCCCCGGAGACCCGUGUGUCACAGUGGAAGGACGGGAAGGCCUGAGCAGUGGGCCUCUCCUCCACUCACGCGCAACUCCUGCCAGUUUAGUGACCGGCAUGACUUGCUGUUGACUCCCACUUCUUCAGCAAAGGAGAGUGACAAGCUUUAGAAUUGCUGUGUCAAGCACUCACUUCCCCCAACAACACUGGAAUAAACAUGGCCUUUUCUGAGUCCCUGA